AAGAAGAUGAUGGAGUCUUGUUUGGCUGGGAAGCCGGAGAGAGUCGGGCCGGUGGAGGUGGACGACAUCAGGAGAGAUCUGCUGGGUGAAUUCAGUGCUCUACCAGCGCAGGACAGCGUUCAGUCGCAGACGGAGAACCUGCAGGUUUACCUGAGGGUUCGACCGUUCACUGCAGCCGAGAGCGACAACGGAGGCUCACAGGGGUGCGUCACCAUCGAGGGGCCCGACACUGUGGUCCUGAAGGCUCCCAGGAGCUGUCAAUCAAACCGACAGAAUGAGAAGUCCCUCCCACAGACGGCACAGAGGUUCACCUUCACGCAGGUGUUCGAGCCGGAGGCCAGUCAGAGGAAGGUGUUCGAGGGCUCGGUUCGUGGGUUGGUCCGAGACGUUCUGCAGGGAGGAAACUGUCUGGUGUUCACCUACGGAGUCACCAACGCCGGAAAGACCUUCACAUUCCUGGGUCCGGACCACGACUCCGGCCUGUUGCCCAGGUCUCUGUCGGUCAUCUUUAACAGCAUUGAAGGUCGCCUGUACGGCCGGUCCGAUCUGAAGCCUCAGCGCUGCAGAGACGUCAGCAGGCUGACUCCAGACCAGCAGGCGGCGGAGAUCAGCAGCAAGAGGAACCUGCUGAGGCUGCUGAAAGAGAGCGACAGAAACCAGACGUCUGGAAGAUCCGCUUUCCUCGACGGCUCGUCUCUCAGCAGCGACAGCAGCCUGAACGGCGUCUCUGAAGCCGACAGCUUCUGCCUGGACGUCGACUCAAACGUCCGUUUCUCCGUCUGGGUUUCCUUCUGUGAGAUUUAUAACGACAACAUCCACGACCUGCUGGAACAGGUUCCCGGCGGACACCACAGGAGGACGGUGCUGCGUCUGUCUCAGGACGUGAAGGGGAACUCCUUCAUCAAAGACCUGCGGUGGGUCCAGGUGAACAGCUCCGAGGAGGCCUACAGAGUCAUGAAAAUCGGGAAGAAGAACCAGAGCUUCUCCUCCACCAGACUGAACCAGCUGUCCAGCAGGAGCCACAGCAUCUUCUCCAUCAGGAUCCUCAGAGUGGACGACGUCGGCGUUCCCAGAGUCCUCGGCAUCAGCGAGCUGGCGCUGUGCGACCUGGCCGGCUCCGAGAGAUGCUCCCGGACUCACAACACCGGAGAGAGACUGAAGGAAGCGGGAAACAUCAACAGCUCUCUGCUGACGCUGGGGAAGUGCAUCAACGCCAUGAGACUGAACCAGCACGCCAAGUUCCAGCACCACAUCCCCUUCAGGGAGUCCAAGCUGACCCACUUCCUGCAGUUCUUCUUCUGUGGUGCCGGCCGGGUCUCAAUGGUGGUCAACAUCAACCAGAACCCGUCCUGCUUCGACGAGACGCUCAACGUCCUCAAGUUCUCCGCCCUCGCCCAGAAGGUGGUGGUGGUGAACUCCAGGCCCGCGGUCCUGGACGACGCCCCCCACAGGUCGGCCAUGGAGCUGUCGAUCAUCAUCGACGAGGCCGACCAGCGCAGGAACGUGUCGGGGCGGGGCAGGAAGAGCUCGCUGGUCGCCUGGGAGACGACCCUGGAAGACGUGCUGGAGGUUGAGGACGACGAGGAGGAGGAAGAGGAGGAGGAGAGUGCGAUGGAGGGAACCGUGCUGGAGGCCGGAGGUGAGGAAGACGAGGAGGAGGAAGAGGACCGGACGAUGGAGGAAGAAGAGAAGCCAGACCGAGAGGCUGCGCUGCGAUUGGUUCUGGAGGCUCAGAUCAGAGAGGAAGUCAGCACUGAGUUCAUGGAGCUCUUCAACAAGAUGGAGAAAGACUACAGCGAGCGUCUGGAGAAGGAGAGGGAGAUCCUGGAGGAGCGAGCCGAGAAGAGAGUCGAGAUCCUGAAGAACCUGGUCAGCAAGACGGUCGACCUGUCAACCGUCGGCGCCGACAGCAGCAAGGAGGAGCAGGCGACUGUGUUGGAGGGAAUCAUCAGCUCGCUGACUGAAGACCUGCAGAAGGUCAGAGAGGACGCUCAGAGCGUUCAACGCUGCCUGACGGAGCACGCCCACGCCGCAGUCUCGCCAGUCCUGGAGGAGGAGAUCUCGAGGCUGCAGGAGGAAAACCGCAAGAAAGAGGAAACCAUCUGCGAGCUGAGAGAGAGGGAGGAGAGGAGGAGGGGGCUGGAGGAGGAGCUGAGGAGACGGGAGGAGGAGGUGGAGGAGCUGAAGAAGGAGCAGCUCCUGCUGGAGCAGAACGUGCAGAAGCUGACGGAUCUGGACCAGUGUCCAAACUGUGCGUCUGUGUUUUCGUCUCUGGAGUCGGAGCAGAGGGAAACAUCCAGACUGACGAAGGAGAACAAAGCUCUGGUUAACGGCAUCUUCCAGCUGCAGACAGAGAUGACGAGUCUCCAGGCGCAGCUCAAAGAGCAGACUGACAGGUGUGACAGCCUAUCAGAGCAGCUCAGCACUGCAAAGGCCCGCCUCCAGGACCUGGAGAGCCAAUCGGAGGAGAAGGCCAACACCAUCAGCAGUCUGACACAAGAAGUGGAGCGUCUGAGACGUGAACUCAAGGAGGGAGAGGCGGGACAGAGCAGCAGCAGCAGUGUUUUCCACGCCACCAUAGAGGAGCUGAAGAAGGAGGGCCUGGCAGCGCUGGAGAGGUCGGCUCAGAAAUCCCAACAGAUCCAAGAUCUGCAGAGAGAAAAGAUGCAGCUGGAGGAGACUCUGUCUCACAGUGAGAACAGGUGUGUCGAGCUCAGGGGGGAGUUAGCCAAUCAGAAGGCAGAAUCCUCGCGUCAGCUCCAGAGCCUGAGGGCGGAGCUUGAGUCUGAGGGCGGAGCUCUGCGAGGGAGACUGGAGGAGCAGAAGAGAGACCAGGAGACGGAGAAGGAAGAGCUGCAGCGAGUCGCGUCGGAGAAGGACAGACUGAUAGAAGAAAGCCAGCGGCAGACGGAGACGCUGAGAAAAGAGCUGGAGCGUCUGCAGGAAGAGCUGCAGGGGAGGGAGGAGGAGGAGAAGGAGAACAGACAGGAGGAGGAGGAGAAGGUGUCGGUGGUGGAGGAGCUGAAGGAGGAGCUCCAGAGACUCCAGGAGAGGAAGAGAGGGAGACAGCUGAAGCAGGAGGAGGCGGCGGUGGGGAGGAGGAGCAGAGUUGAUGCUGUACACAGAGAGCUGGAGAGACUGAAGGAGGAGAGAGAGAGAAACCUGCAGCAGGACGUUCACGACUCUCCUCUGAGGUCCAACAUGGCCGACCGGAAGAAAACCCCCAGAACUACAGGGAGGAAGAGGAAGAGCUGCGAGGUGGAGGGCCUGGUGUCCAGCGAGAACAAGAGAAACCGGGUGAGAGGAAACGCUCGAAACAACAAACAGGAGAAGAGAGACGCGGCUCUUCAGAACAUCAGAGAGUUGAUCACCAAGUCUCCGUCCAUCCUGGGCAGCAAAGCUAAAAAUAUCAUCAGUCUGGUCAGUGGACAUUCGGUUGAGAAGGAGACGGUUACCACAGCAACCAAACCGAGACGAGGACGGAAGAAGCUUUACAAGCAGGACGCCUCGGAUGCCCUGCUAGACUCUCCACACAUGAUGUCCGGAGGAGCUGAGGAGGAGAAGGAGAGCGAUCACCUGAUCAUUAAGAGGCAGCUGCGGUCCAAGACCUGCAGGAAGUGACAUCAUCACCAUCAUGUGACAACACUAAACCUCAGAUUUCUGUCAAACCGUCAGUGGUUCUGAGGGUUUGAGUUGAAAUAUCUGUACAGUUUGUAUUUCUGUCUGAUUUUUAGUUCAGUACUUUGUUUUUCAUCGCUGGGGAUCAAUAAAGAGUUGAGACAACAA